AUGAUCCGUAAUGAUCUCCUCCUCGUGGAUUCGGCCUUUGCAGAGGCGGAGAAGUACAUGGACCACAUGAAUGUGAAAAUCAACCAGGCCCAUGAGAAAUUUGAGGAGCUACAAACAUUAGGCGGUAGUCAGGGAGACUUUGACGAACUUCGAAAGGACGUCAUGAAGCUGAAGUUGCAGAUCCCUUCGCAUGUGAAAAUCCGUUCUUCCAAUUCCAAUCCCCAUCGUAAGCGGUGGCCUAAUAUAAACGAGGCCGAGGAUGGAAUGACGCACUUCUUCUACAAGGAGCCACAGGUUUUGCACAAUGAUUACCUCGGUGGCCAAUUCAAAGCUUCCUUUGAGCUCUCCGAGCCAUUGCUUUUUUGUUUGUUAUGUUUCUUCGCAUUCCCACCGGAGGCAACUAUAAAGAAAAGGACGAUGAUUUAUCUGUGGAUAGGGCAGGGACUUAUUUUGUGGCAUCUACGGAGUAGAGGCUUGUAUCAAAGAGAUUUUGAUGGGAUUAUUCCGCACAUAAUAGAAGAGGAUGUUGGCAAUGAGAUCUUUGAUGCGCUUAUUGCAAAGGGCUUCAUUGAGCCUGUCUAUCAAAAUUGCCUCUUGGUGCCAGACACUUGCAGGAUGAGCCAUUCUGUUCGUGCUUCUUUUUACAAAGAAGCUAAAUUUAGAAGAUUUACUUCAAAUGAUUCUCUUGAUCUGGAUCCUGGAUUCGUUUGUAGUGGUCUAAAAGUGCGCCCAUGUCUGAUCAAUGUUGGUGAGGCCAUUAUUAAUUGCAGGCCUGAAAUAUUUGAGAAUAUGAAAUUUAUUCGAAGUCUUUAUCUCGGAAGGUGGCAGAGCUCAGCUACGCACCAUAUUGAACUAGCUGACACCAAAAUCCUCCAUGGACUGAAGAAUCUGUGUUGGUUAGAAUUUCUUUGCCUUCGAGGAAUUUCUAUGAUUAUGGAGCUUCCAACAGUCAUUUUAGAGCUCAAGCUUUUGAAGAUCUUAGAUCUACGAGCUUGUCAUCAUCUCGAGGCGAUUCCUAACAAUAUUGGUUUGCUCAAUAGUUUGACACAUUUGGACAUGUCCGAGUGUUACUUUUUAGAACACAUGCCCAAGAGUCUUGCUCAACUAUCAAACCUCCAAGUCCUUCAGGGAUUCUUGAUCGGAGAUUUCAACAACAACAAACAAUCUUGUACCCUGCGCGAUUUGUCAAGACUACUGAAGUUGAGAAAACUUAACAUCUACAUAAAAGUGAAAGAGUUUCUCAGACUGCAGGGCUUGGAGUAUUUAGAAAAGUUUGAAGACGUGCAAAAGUUGACUAUAUCAUGGGGAGGAUGCUCUUUACAAGCUCAAGCUGAAAACGUAGCCGAAGCAUUUCAUUUUGCUACACUUCCUCCCAAACUGCAGAAACUAGAUCUUCAAUGUUUUCCUAUGAUGAGUCUACGCAAUUGGCUAAUGCCCGGCAAACUCAAGGAACUAAAGAAACUCUAUAUUAGAGGAGGGAAACUAUGUGAUCUAGGCCAAUUUCAGAAACGUCAAGGGGAGCAGUGGACUGUGGAGAUAUUGCGUUUGAAGUACUUGAGCAAAUUAAAGAUAGAUUGGAGUGAACUGAGGAUAUUAUUUCCCAAGUUAAUUUACUUGCACCAAGAAGAAUGCCCCAAGUUAACUAACUCCCCGUGUGAUGAGAGGGGCGUGUGGAUGAACAUGGAGGUGAUUGAUUCGAACAUGCAGUUGCGGAAAUACCUCGAAACCAGCGGCAUGGUCAGCUCAAGUUCUAUGUCAGGCUCUGAUCCAACCUUAGGUCAGGAUGAUUCUAACAUUUGUCCAGUAGUUGAGAGACAACUAAGUUAG